AUGGAAAUUAAUCAUUUGCAUUUCAUGUGGAUUUCCUAUUCUUUAAUUGUUACAGUAUCAGGCUUAAAUGUAUUGUACGCAAAAAAUAUUCCUUAUUUUUUAAAGCGAUUAUUUACAUUCGGUAAGGCGCAUAAAAACAUAAAAAACCAAAAAAGUGUUGCAGUAUGGCUAGAAGUCCCUAAAAGGUGGUUUUCUCAUUUUUAUGUUUUUGCAUCGAUUUAUAUUCCAUACAUUAUGAUAUCUGUGUGCUGUAAAUAUUUCUUUAAUGUUGAAACACCUUUCCUCAUCGUUUUGUUGGACUAUUUUGCAUCUCCCUACAGACAAGCUACUGUGAAUUCAGAAUCUGUUGUCAUUGUGAGUGUUCUGUUGUCUCUUCAAGUGAUUCGACGAUGCUAUGAGUGCUUUUUUGUGUCCAUUUACUCAGAUGCAAAAAUGAAUGUUUUCCACUACAUUGUGGGUCUUACUUUUUAUUUCGGAGCUGGUCUCUCACUAAUUCAUGAUGCCCCUGGGUUUGAAAACACUGAAAAAAAUAUGAAUGCAAGCUACAUUACUGGUGAUUGGUUCACAUGGCAGCACUAUGUUGGAGCAGCAAUUUUUGUGGCAGCUUUUCUCUUGCAGUUUCAAACUAACAUACAGUUUGCUUCUUUAAGGAAAAAAGGUAAAUCUGUUACAACAGACCACUACAUGCCUUCAGGUGGUGGAUUUGAAUAUAUCUCCUGCCCUCAUUAUUUUGCAGAAAUAGUUAUGUACCUUGCUGUUUGCCUGAUUUUCAAAGGGAGAAGUUAUACCUGGUGGUUAUUAUGUCUCUGGAUUGUUACAAAUCAAGUCAUUACAGGCUUGAUGAGCCACCAGUGGUAUUUGCAGAAGUUUGAAAAAUAUCCUGUAAAGAGGAAAGCUGUCAUACCAUUCCUGUUGUGA